AUGGGUGAGUUGUGGGGAGAGGACUACCUCAACUUCAUGGGUGAGUUGGGGGGAGAGGGCUUCCUCAACUUCAUGGGGGAGUUGGGGGGAGAGGGCUACCUCAACUUCAUGGGUGAGUUGGGGGGAGAGGGCUACCUCAACUUCAUGGGUGAGUUGGGGGAGAGGGUGUGAGUGUGUGUGUGACGGGGGAGACUAUAACACUCGCAUUUGGUCGCUAGGGUACCAGUGAUGUUUUAUUUUUAGCUGGUCACAUUAGUUUUUGGUUCACAAUUAGCUUUUUUCUAAUUUAUCAAGAUUUAUUCAAACAGCAAUGUGUAUGAAAACUAGGUAUCCAAAAAGUUUAGUCCGAAGUCUUCGUUUAAUCUUUGUGAUGCGCAAUUUAGCCAUCAUGCAAAAUGUGUAAAGGCUUUCACAAAUGUUGAUUGCAAAGUAGGCCUACCUGUCAGAAUGAUAUCAUGAUGAUUUGUAUCAAUCGCGGGGCAUUUGUUUUGCAAACUCUGCCAUCACAUGUAGCCUGUGUUGUUGUUUUUAUCGCACUGCUUUGCUUUAUCUUGGCCAGGUCGCAGUUGUAAAUGAGAACUUGUUCUCAACUGGCUUACCUGGUUAAAUAAAGGUGAAAGAAAAAAUAUCUUGCUAGUAGGCACACAACUGAAUUAAAUUAAAAAAUAUAUUUUGUUAUUGUUCCCAGACCUCAAAAGUGUUCUCCUGAUGUGGUUUAAGCAUUGUUUUCUAUUUUAAAAAAGUGUGAUUUUGAGAGUGAAAAUCUGAAAGAACUAGGAAAACUCAGAAACUUGGAAAAAUAAAACCGGGAAAACUGAAUUUACCAAAAGAUAGAACAGAUUUUAUAUUACCCUACAAAUGUAGAAUGACUGUUAAAUUGCUAACAAUUGCGCAAAGGUUUACAUUUUUCCCUCCAAACAAUCAAUGUAAAUAUGAUAUUGUCAAGAUAAAAUGUAAUUAUUUGUGUGUGGAGGGUAGGUCAUUAUAGGCUGGUUGAUCAGCCCACAAAUGACAGAUAACAUUUAAAUGAUGCGCGCAACACCGCUUUCCCGGGAAACAGCAGUUUUCUACGGCGUGCCACUGGCACAUUUACCUGAAUGUCAAGCCCAGGGCAUGCUAAUUUAAAAGAUGGCUAGUCAUUAUUAGCUUGGUUCUGUGUGGAAUGCAGGAGCAUUAUGAGACACAGGCCAGGUUCAACCGAAUUAUGUGCUGGUGCAAUCAACUGAACAAGUGGUUGUGUGUGGAACAUAUCACCUUUUUUUUUUUUUCUAAAGGAGUAUUCAGUAGUUUGCCAAAGCGGUACUCUGUAGCUUUUCACGAUCUCCCUAAGAUCAAUAUGAUCACACUCAGACACACAGGAGAGAUGGAGGAGGAGAGAGUGAGAAGAACGGAGGCCAGGAAAGAGAGAGUUCCACAAUUAAAUGGAAAAAGGUUUUGUUGGUAAAAUACAAUUAAAUUUAAAGAGAGUGGAGGGGAGAGGAGAGGGGAGGAGAGGGGAGGAGAGGGAAGAGGAGGGGAGAGAGGGGAGAGGAGAGGGGAGGGGAGGGAAGAGGGAGGGGAGAGGGGGGAGGGAUGAGGGGAAGAGGAGGGGAGGAGGGGAGAGGGAGGGGGAGAGAGGGGGAGGGGAGAGGAGUGGGGAGAGAGCGGGGAGAGAGCGGAGUGGGGAGGGGAGGGGAGAGGAGUGGGGAGGGGAGAGAGCGAGGGGAGGGUUCAAUGAGGUCAGACAAUAUUCUGUGUGGACAUCAGACGGCCAUUAUAAACAGUCAACUCCACAACCAGCCAGAUGACUAAAAGCCUUUUCUCUCCUCAAGACUAAAACAUACAGUACAACAGUCUAUAUAAACUAUCUCCUUCUCUCCUCCAGACUAUACACAUACAACUGUGUAUAUAUCAGGGUUCGCACAAGGUGGUUAAAGUACUUGAAUUUGGCACUCUGAAAUUCUAGUACUGGAAUACCUUGAAAAUCAGACAUUUUCUCAAGUUGGUACUUGAGAAUACUUCAAUUAAAAUGAGAGGAGAAAAUGAAAUGAUAUAAUAUGAAAAAUAUGAUUAAAAUGUAAAUGUCUUGCUAAUUAAUUUCCAGGCAGAAUACAGAGUUAUUUAGUUUUUUUUCCCUCACGUGUUUCACGCUGUGGUUGCCAGACGAGCUCGCUCAUUCCACCCACAAUGCCACUCAGCCAGGCAGGGACAGAACUCAGCCAAAAAUCACAUCGAUGGCUAAAAUGCAGAUUCAAUCCUGCCUUUCCUGCGGUAUGGAAGAUUUCUGGGAUCUUUUUCUUUCAGCUCAUGAAACAUGGGACCAACAUUUUACAUGUUGCGUUUAUAUUUUUGUUCAGUAUAGUUUUACCCACUUUUUCUUAUCACUGGACCGAACCAACACACCAUGUAAGGUGCAAAAAAUGCGUCCGACUGACAUUGUGAGCAUGGGGGGGGAAUCUGUCCCGAAGAGCCACAUGAAGGGGGGGGAAAGGCAAUGCUGCAUCCCUGCGCUGACGCCAGUUCUACAUUGUGACUCUUUUUCUCUAACUACCUCCAGAGAUUUUUUGCCAAUCGCUUCAUUCACGGGGCGCCCGCGAUAUUCUGUUUUAUCAAGCGGGCAGCCGUGCUCCUGCCGUUCUGGUGGCCGUUCACGUGCCGUUUUCCUCACACAGCCCUUCUCCCGACCGGCGACACUAAAGCUGACAGUUGGAAAACAAGAGGCUUUUUCGUAGCUAUUAAGUAGAUUCCCAAAUGCCCAAAAAACAGCCAUUAAGCUGGAAUUGUGUAGUAACGUGAAUAGGAAAUGUGUGUUCAUCAGUAGGCGUGUCCCAAAACUCUGCUCUUCACUACUGAAAUUACAACAUACUCAGUACCGACUUAAGUUACCAUUCAUGUAUAUGUAGUGAAACGCAUAUUGUUGAGUAGAACUUGUAAGGUACAGUUGAAGUCGGAAGUCUACAUACACUUUGGUUGGAGUGAUUCAAACUUGUUUUUCAACCACUCCGCAAAUUUCUUGUUAACAAACUAUAGUUUUGGCAAGUCGGUUAGGACAUCUACUUUGUGCAUGACACAAGUAAUCUUUCCAACAAUUGUUUACAGACAGAUUAUUUCACUUUUCCAGUGGGUCAGAAGUUUACAUACACAAAGUUGACUGUCUUUAAGCUUGGAAAAUUCAGGAAAAUUAUGUCAUGGCUUUAGAAGCUUCUGAUAGGCUAAUUGACAUCAUUUCAGUCAAUUGGAGGUGUACCUGUGGAUGUAUUUCAAGGCCUACCUUCAAACUCAGUGCCUCUUUGCUUGACAUCAUGGGAAAAUCAAAAGAAAUCAGCCAAGACCUCAGAAAAAACAUUGUGGACCUCCACAAGUCUGGUUCAUCCUUGGGAGCAAUUUCCAAACGCCUGAAGGUACCACGUUCAUCUGUACCAACAAUAGUACGCAAGUAUAAACACCAUGGGACCACGCAGCCGUCAUACCGCUCAGGAAGGAGACGUGUUCUGUCUCCUAGAGAUGAACGUACUUUGGUGCGAAAAGUGCAAAUCAAUCCCAGAACAACAGCAAAGGACCUUGUGAAGUUGCUGGAGGAAACGGGUACAAAAGUAUCUAUUUCCACAGUAAAACGAGUGCUAUAUCGACAUAACCUGAAAGGCCGCUCAGCAAGGAAGAAGCCACUGCUCCAAAACCACCAUUAAAAAGCCAGACUACGGUUUGAAAAUGCACAUGGGGACAAAGAUCGUACUUUUUGGAGAAAUGUCCUCUGGUCUGAUGAAACAAAAAUAGAACUGUUUGGCCAUAAUGACAUCGUUAUGUUUGGAGGAAAAAUUGGGGGACUUAUUGAAGCAACAUCUCAAGACAUCAGUCAGGAAGUUAAAGCUUGGUCGCAAAUGGGUCUUCCAAAUGGACAAUGACCCCAAGCAUACUUCCAAAGUUGUGGCAAAAUGGCUUAAGGACAACAAAGUCAAGGUAUUGGAGUGGCCAUCACAAAGCCCUGACCUCAAUCCUAUAGACAAUUUGUGGAUAGAACUGAAAAAACGUGUGCGAGCAAGGAGGCCUACAAACCUGACAUCGUUACACCAGCUCUGUCAGGAGGAAUGGGCCAAAAUUCACCCAAUUUAUUGUGGGAAGCUUGUGGAAGGCUACCCAAAACGUUUGACCCAAGUUAAACAAUUUAAGGCAAUGCUACCAAAUACUAAUUGAGUGUAUAUAAACUUCUGACCCACUGGGAACGUGAUGAAAGAAAUAAAAGCUGAAAUAAAUCAUUCUCUCUACUAUUAUUCUGACAUUUCACAUUCUUAAAAUAAAGUGGUGAUCCUAACUGACCUAAGACAGGGAAUUUGUACAAGGAUUAAAUGUCAGGAAUUGUGAAAAACUGAGUUUAAAUAUAUUUGGCUAAGGUGUAUGUAAACUUCCGACUUCAACUGUAGUGAUGAAUACUUUUUUGUUGUUGUUUAGGUUGUGGUGAUAUACUGCCAUCUGGUGGCGACUAGAAACAAUAGCGUAAUAGGAACUAUUACAAAUUGAUGGCCCUUGAAAAUAAAUAUUAGUGCUUGAAAAAGUACUUGAAAGUCCUUGAAUUUGACUUGCCACUGUCUGUACGAACCCUGAUAUAAACACAGUGGAGACCUGACAUACACAGAGAGCCACCUGAAAUGUUGUCAUUACUUCCAAGGCCACUGCUAUACACAUCAACCAGACAUCCACCUCCUCUCUCUCUUUUCCCCUCUCUCUCUCGCUUUCCCCUCUCUUUCCCCUCCUCUCUCUUUCCUUUCUCUCCUUUCCUUUCUCUCUCUUUCCUCUCUCUCUCUCUCUUUCCUCUCUCUCUCUCUCUUUCCUCUCUCUCUCUCUUUCCCCCCUCUCUCUCUCUUUCCCCUCUCUCUCGCUCUCUCCUCUUUCCCCUCUCACUCUCUCUCUCCUCUCUCUCUCUCCUCACACACACACACACACACACACACCACACACACAGCAUGUGGGAGUCCAGAGUUUCUCUCCAUUGACCUCUCUCAGGAACCACCGAGCCAAUAACAUUGACUUUUCUCAGGUCAUUAGACCAAUCCGAUUCAACCUCAACCCACCUCUUGGACCCAUUUCCUGGCCACGUCAUUAAAAGUUGUGCUUGCAGGUUGCAGCGGAAAGGGUACGAAAAACCGAACCUGAAGAGGAAAAGGGUUUAAGUCAAGUACGUCAAGGAUACGACUUCAGAUGCAGCUCAUGCAAACAUAACCCAUAAUAGUCUAAGCUGGGGGGGGGGGGGGUUCUACUAAGCAUAUGGAAUUGUUUUGAGAAGGUCAAAAAGGAUCAAAAAUAUUUGUAAAAUUGUAUUUGGCCUUACUGCUAUAAGCCCAUAGAAACACAUUGAAUAACAGAUUCACUACAUGGAACAACAGAUAGUCCUUACUGCUAUUAGCCCAUACAAACACAUUGAAUAACAGAUUCACUACCUGGAACAACAGAUAGUCCUUACUGCUAUUAGCCCGUACAAACACAUUGAAUAACAGAUUCACUACAUGGAACAACAGAUAGUCCUUACUGCUAUUAGCCCAUACAAACACAUUGAAUAACAGAUUCACUACAUGGAACAACAGAUAGUCCCCCCCCCCUAAAAAAUCUAAAGGAAGUUAGUUCUGAAGUGUCUGUCCUAUAUCUGAGCGAGAUGAGAGAUCAGGAAACUUUUGAUAUUCUUUUUGACAUGUAUUUAAUCCCUUAUUUCUGGCGUUAAACAGUCUCCAUAUAUAUAUAUAUAUACAUAUUUUAAAAGAAAUAAAUUCAUUCAGAUGAGUCUUGUGAGGCCUGUGGGUGUCCUAGAGCAAAACCACCAACAUUUACAUGUUCAUGAGAGUCUCACCUUUCCACAAAGUGGUCAUAUUAGUGUGUAGCCCAAACUUUCCAGACGCUACAGACAGAAGUUGGCAGAUCGUCUGUACCGACUUCGGACGAGUCCCAAGAUGCUUUUGGGGGUCGUAGAGCAAAAUGGAGAACACCAUUCUGUUUGUGAGAGUCUCAUCUUUCCACAGAGGGGUCAUUCAGAAAAUAUAUUGUUGUAUUAUUAUUAUUAUUAUUAUUGUACACAGAGUCCAUGCAACUUAUUAUGUGACUUGUUAAGCACAAUUUUACUCCUGAACUUAUUUAGGUUUGCCUUAACAAAGGGGUUGAAUACUUAUUGACUCGAGACAAUUUAGCAUUUUUUUGUUGUUGACAUUUGACACUUUGACAUUAUGGGGUAUUGUGUGUAGGCCAGUGACACAUUUACAUUUCAAAUCCAGGCUGUAACACAACACAAUUUGGAAAAGGUCAAGGGGUGUGAAUACUUUCUGUAGACACUGUAAAUAGUAUGUAAACAUUAUUAAAGUGACCAGUGUUAAAUGACUCUAUGUACAUAGGGCAGCGGUCUCUAAGGUGCAGGGUAGAGUGCCCAGUGGGAGCUGGCUAGUGACAGUGACUAAUGUCCAAAAGUCUAUUGUCAUAACUACAACACCUUCCUGUGACACCUUCCUGUGACACCUUCCUGUGACACCUUCCUGUGACACCGGAUGCUGUAGAUGUCCUGGAGGACGGGAGGACAUCUACUGUUGUGGUGCCCUGGCUACCACUCAAGAAAUUGUGAGAGACAGCAUUCCAUUGCGAGAUACAGCUUUUGAUUGCUAUUUGAUAGGCCUAGUGCACGGUUCUGACUGUCUGCCUGGUGGCUGACCUGCCUAUACUGUGCCCCUCCUCUCUCUGUCUCUCUCUCUCUCUCUCUCUCUCUCUCUCUCGCUCUCUCCUCUCUCUCUCUCUCUCUGUCUCUGUCUCUCUCUUUCCUCUCUCUCUUUCCUCUCUCUCUGUCUCUUUCCUCUCUCUCUCUUUCCUCUCUCUCUCUUUCCUCUCUCUCUCUUUCCUCUCUCUCUCUCUUUCCCUCUCCCUCUCUCUCUCUCUCUCUCUCUCUCUCUGUCCCUCACUAGCUCGCUAUGAAAGAUGUGACUGUUUGUGUUCUCUGAAGUACGGUAACUAAUCAGUCUCCUCCGUUUCCAAAAAUAUCUUGACACUCAGAAAUGGGAGUCGACACUGGGAGUCGACGUACGAGUAGUCAAUUAUUUUGCCGUCGACUCCACCACUUCGUCAUCGUCGUUAACAGUUGUAAAAAUGGCAGAGAAAGGCCAGCGACAGCAGCAACGUCCUGUAUGGCAACACUGACAAGUUAAAUGAGAAGGAAAUGCAAAACUUUGCGAUGUGGAAUUUUAAGUACAGUAAUGGAAGUACAGGUGAUCCGAUGACAGUAUUGGUAAUGUGUUUUCGGGCCCUCCCUUGGUUGUAUUCUGGCGGGGCAGAAAUCUCAGAGAUCAAGAAGGAGAGGGAGAAGGAGGGAGAAGGAGAGAGAAGGAGAGAGAGAAGGAGAGAGAGGGAAGGAGAGAGAGAGAAGGAGCGAGAGAAAGAAGGAGAAGGAGAAGGAGAGGGAGAAGGAGAGGGAGAGGGAGAAGGAACUCUGAUUUACCACCCCUAAAUAUCCCUGCACAACGUCUAUUUGCACCUCUACCGGAUGGAAACUACAAGUGUAACGGCUGCGCUCAAUGCAACGGCACUUAAAAAUGUAGGUCCUUCAAACACCCCCAAACAGAGAAACCGAUCCCAAUCAAAGGUGUUAUCACGUGCUCCACUAAGGCAGUUAUUUAUCUUAGAACUUGUCCUUGUGGUAAACAUUAUGUUGGUAAAACAAAGCGCAAAUUAAAAGCACGAAUCUCGGAACAUCGUAGCACCAUUAGGUGCAAGAACUCUACAUACCCAGUCGCUGCCCACUUUUUGGAAGCGAACCACUCGAUUUCGUCCCUACGUUAUAUCGGCAUCGAACAUGUCACCCUCCCUAGGAAUAAUAUAAUAAUAAUAUAAUAUGCCAUUUAGCAGACGCUUUUAUCCAAAGCGACUUACAGUCAUGCGUGCAUACAUUUUUUGUGUAUGGGUGGUCCCGGGGAUCGAACCCACUACCUUGGCGUUACAAGCGCCGUGCUCUACCAGCUGAGCUACAGAGGACCACAGGAAGAGGGGGUGACCUCGACAACUUAUUGUUAAAACGAGAGGCUGCCUGGAUCUUUAAUUUUAAAGACCCUUGCUCCCUUCGGUCUCAACGUAGACUUUGAUUUGAAGCCAUUCUUGUGAUUAUUGUGAUUUUGCUAUUCAUUGUAAAUGUUUGUGGGCCUAUGCAGCCAAGUUGUAUCUAUGAUCGUAUGCUAUCCAUGUUUUUUUGUAUGUUCUGUUUAUCUGUGAAUGAACCAAUGCUAUCAGGCUAUCAGGCCACACCCGGCCAUGAUUACAGACACCUGCGUGUGUCCUUUGACACUAUAUAACCCAGUGGCCCGCAGUGUUUGACAUUAUACCCUGAUGAAGACCGCAUGUCUGUUACAUUUACAUUUUACAUUUGAGUCAUUUAGCAGACGCUCUUAUCCAGAGCGACUUACAUGAGCAAUUAGGGUUAAGUGCCUUGCUCAAGGGCACAUCGACAGAUUUUUCAUCCUAGUCGGCUCGGGGAUUAGAACCAGCAACCUUUCGGUUACUGGCACAACGCUCUUAACCACUAAGCUACCUGUUAUUAGGAUAUUAAAUUAUUGCAUCUUAGUGGAGGCUUUAUUUUUUAUUUUUCAAGUACAGAAAGGGACACACCUUGAGACCCAAACCGUUGCUGGCAGCAGCUGCAACUGCAUUGUGAAUUCACACGGAAUUGUAUUAAUUUGUAUAUGUUUUAAUGAAUAAUGGAGAGAAAGAAAUUGCAGGUGAUACGUUAAGAAAAAAAUUCCAUUAGUAAAAUCCUUGGAGGCAGGUUUCCAUUGACCCGGGUUUAUAUGACAAAAGCGGUGUCGGGUGGGGGGGGGGGGGAAUCAUUAUGACUUGUGUAAUGGAAAAGGCAGAUAUAGGGGACAUUUUCUAAAGAUCGACAACUAUUUUUAUCAGUUCGGAGGGUGGAUUUGUCUUUAUUGCGACAAAUGAUGAUGGAAACUGUUUUUCGAAUAAAUGAUCGUCGCUGAAUAAUUUGGAAGGUACGCGUGGAACGUGAUGUCAUCGUGAUGUCAUUGUGUUACUAUAAAGCUCCACUCCACAUUUUAAUUAGAAAUGUUUACUGCUUGCAAAAUAAAUACAAAAAUUAAACUAAAAAAAAUGUUUUCCUUGCAGGACAAGGAUUGUCCUGACUUUCGAGAAUGCCUGAAUUGCUUCACCUUGUUUUUCUGGUUGGCUGGAUGCAAAUUUCACCAUCCAAUUAUUUCAGAUCUAAAGGAAUGCAAGUUUCACCAAUGGCACGCGCCGUGGCGAUACGUUGGCACAUGAGAAUUAUUAGAAUACGGCAAAUAUUAGUUCAUUAUUGCAUUCCAUCCAUGCUGUCUUUUGUGGGCUACCUGAGACGUGAAACAGACAGGUAUGAGGGCAUACAGGCUGUCGACAUUUUAUUAAUGUGCAAUUUGUUUAAAUGGGUAAUGGAAAUACUUCAACCGCUACAUUUUUAUUGGACACUGGGUUUUUGCUGAAAAGUGUUAUAUUUUAAAGGUGUGACGUCAUUACGUCGAGCUGUUUUUAAUCAACAGAAGAUUGUUUAAAUGGAAAUGCACCCUAGCAGGCAAUUGUCGCCUCUAUUUUCUAUGCAAACUUUCUAAAUGUCUGCAACAAAAAAAAUCACUGAACAAGUUAACGGAAACAUAUCUGGUGUCUGUGUAAUCGGUAUGCAGUCUGUCUCUUCACCGGUCUGUCUGCUGAAUAAUAAGAUGUCUUGAGUCUAGAAUACGACCUUAAGAUCAAGAGAAAGGGAUUCCACUCCUCCCUAAUGCCUGGUAUUCUCUUUCUUCCUCUUGUCCUCUCUUCUUUUCUGUUCUUUCUUUCUGUCACUCUUUUUGUAGUAGACUUUAGUCUUAGACUUUAGAGACUUCUUUAGUCUUCAGAGAUCUGGAGUCAGAGUGGGGUCUUUAUCCCCCCCCCCCCCUCUCUAGUAGGCCCUCUCUCCUCUCUCUCUAGUAGGCCCUCUCUCCUCUCUCUCUCUAGUAGGGGCCCUCUCUCCUCUCUCUCUAGUAGGGCCCUCUCUCCUCUCUCUCUAGUAGGCCCUCUCUCCUCUCUCUCUAGUAGGCCCUCUCUCCUCUCUCUCUAGUAGGCCCUCUCUCCUCUCUCUCCUAGUAGGCCCUCUCUCCUCUCUCUCUAGUAGGCCCUCUCUCCUCUCUCUCUCUAGUAGGCCCUCUCUCCUCUCUCUCUAGUAGGCCCUCUCUCCUCUCUCUCUAGUAGGCCCUCUCUCCUCUCUCUCUAGUAGGCCCUCUCUCCCUCUCUCUCUAGUAGGCCCUCUCUCCUCUCUCUCUCUAGUAGGCCCUCUCUCCUCUCUCUCUCUAGUAGGCCCUCUCCUCCUCUCUCUCUCUAGUAGGGGCCCUCUCUCCUCUCUCUCUAGUAGGGCCCUCUCUCCUCUCUCUCUAGUAGGCCCUCUCUCCUCUCUCCUCUAGUAGGGCCCUCUCUCCUCUCUCUCUCUAGUAGGGCCUCUCUCCUCUCUCCUCUCUCUCUAGUAGGCCCUCUCUCCUCUCUCCUCUCUCUCUAGUAGGCCCUCUCCCUCUCUCUCUCUCUAGUAAGGCACUCUCCUCUCCUCCUCUCUCUAGUAGGGCCCUCUCUCCUCUCCUCUCUCUCUAGUAGGGCCCUCUCUCCUCUCUCUCUCUAGUAGGGCCCUCUCUCCUCUCUCUCUAGUAGGCCCUCUCCUCCUCUCUCUCUCUAGUAGGCCCUCUCUCCUCUCUCUCUCUAGUAGGGGCCCUCUCUCCUCUCUCUCUCUCGUAGGGGCCCUCUCCCUCCCUCUCUCUCUAGUAGGCCCUCUCCUCCUCUCUCCUCUCUCUCUAGUAGGGGGGCCCUCUCUCCUCUCUCCCUCUCUCUAGUAGGCCCUCUCUCCUCUCUCUCUAUAGGCCCUCUCUCCUCUCUCUCUCUAGGAGGCCCCUCUCCUCCUCUCUCUCUAGUAGGGGCCCCCUCUCCCCUCUCUCUCUAGUAGGCCCUCUCCCUCCUCUCUCUAGUGGGCCCUCUCUCCUCUCUCUCUCAGUAGGCCCUCUCUCCUCUCUCUCUAGUAGGCCCUCUCUCCUCUCUCUCUAGUAGUGCCCUCUCUCCUCUCUCCUCUAGUAGGCCCUCUCUCCUCCUCUCUCUCUCUAGUAGGGCCCCCUCUCCCUCCUCCUCUCUCUCUAGUAGGCCCUCUCUCCCUCUCUCUCUAGUAGGCCCCUCUCCUCUCCUCUCUCUAGUAGGCCCUCUCUCCUCUCUCUCUCUAUUAGGGCCCCUCUCCCCUCUCUCUCUAGUAGGCCCUCUCUCCUCUCUCCUCUCUCUCUAGUAGGCCCUCUCUCCCCUCUCUCUAGUAGGCCCUCUCUCCUCUCUCUCUCUCUCUAGUAGGCCCUCUCUCCUCUCCUCUCUCUCUAGUAGGGGCCCUCCUCCUCCUCUCUCUCUCUAGUAGGCCCUCUCUCCUCUCUCUCUCUAGUAGGCCCUCUCUCCUCUCUCUCUCUAGUAGGGCCCUCUCUCUCUCUCUCUAUAGGCCCUCUCCUCCUCUCUCCCCUCUCCCCUCUCUAGUAGGCCCCUCUCCUCCCCCUCUCUCCUCUCUCUCUAUAGGCCCUCCUCCCUCUCUCCUAGUAGGCCCUCUCUCCUCCUCUCUCUCCUAGUAGGCCCUCUCUCCUCUCUCUCUCUAGUAGGCCCCCUCUCCCUCUCCUCUCUCUAGUAGGUUCCCUCUCUCCUCUCUCUCUAGUAUGGCCCUCUCUCCUCUCUCUCUCUAGUAGGCCCUCUCUCCUCUCUCUCUCUCUCUAGUAGGCCCCUCUCCUCCUCCUCUCUCUCUAGUAGGCCCUCCUCUCCCCUCUCUCUCUAGUAGGCCCUCUCUCCUCUCUCUCUCUAGUAGGCCCUCUCUCCUCUCUCUCUCUAGUAGGCCCUCUCUCCUCUCUCCUCUCUCUAGUAGGCCCUCUCUCCUCUCCUCUCUCUAGUAGGCCCUCUCUCCUCUCUCUCUCUAGUAGGCCCUCUCUCUCCUCUCUCUCUCUAGUAGGCCCUCUCUCCUCUCUCUCUCUCUAGUACGCCCUCUCUCCUCUCUCUCUAGUAGCCCUCUCUCUCUCUCCUCCUCUCUCUAGUAGGCCCUCCUCCUCCUCUCUCUCUCUAGUAGGCCCCUCUCCUCUCUCUCUCUAUAGGCCCUCUCUCCUCUCUCUCUCUAGUAGCCUCUCUCCUCUCUCUAGUAGGCCCCUCUCUCCUCUCUCUCUCUAGUGGAGGCCCUCUCUCCUCUCUCUCUAGUAGGCCCUCUCCUCUCUCUCUCUAGUAGGCCCUCUCUCCUCUCUCUCUAGUAGGGGCCCCUCUCUCCUCUCUCUCUAGUAGGCCCUCUCUCCUCUCUCUCUCUAGUAGGCCCUCUCUCUCCUCUCUCUCUAGUAGGCCCCUCUCCUCCCUCUCUCUCUAGUAGGGCCCCUCUCUCCUCUCUCUCUAGUAGGCCCUCUCCUCCUCUCCUCUCUCUAGUAGGCCCCUCUCUCCUCUCUCUCUAGUAGGCCCUCUCUCCUCUCUCUCUCUCUAGUAGGCCCUCUCUCCUCUCUCUCUAGUAGGGCCUCCUCUCCUCUCCUCUCUCUCUAGUAGGCCCUCUCUCCCUCUCCUCUCUCCUCUAGUAGGCCCUCUCUCCCUCUCUCUCUAGUAGGCCCUCUCUCCUCUCUCUCUCUAGUAGGCCCUCUCUCUCUCUCUCUCUAGUAAGGCCCUUCUCUCUCUCCUCUCUCUCUAGUAAGGCCCUCUCUCUCCUCUCUCCUAGUAGGCCCCUCUCUCCUCUCUCUCUAGUAGGCCCUCUCUCCUCUCUCUCUAGUAGGCCCUCUCCCUCUCUCUCUAGUAGGGGCCCCUCUCUCCUCUCUCUCUAGUAGUGCCCCUCUCUCCUCCUCUCUCUUCUAGUAGGCCCUCUCUCCUCUCUCUCUAGUAGGCCCUCUCUCCCUCUCUCUCUAGUAGCGCCCUCUCUCCUCUCUCUCUAGUAGGCCCUCUCUCCUCCCUCUCUCUAGUAGGCCCUCUCUCCUCUCUCUCUAGUAGGGCCCUCUCUCCUCUCUCUCUCUAGUAGGCCCUCUCCUCCUCCUCUCUUCUCCCAGUAGGCCCUCUCUCCUCUCUCUCUCUAGUAGGCCCUCUCUCCUCUCUCUCUAGUAGGCCCUCUCUCCUCUCUCUCUCUAGUAGGCCCUCUCUCUCUCUCUCUCUAGUAGGCCCUCUCUCCUCUCUCUCUCUAGUAGGCCCUCUCUCCUCUCUCUCUAGUAGGCCCUCUCUCUCUCCUUAGUAGGCCCUCUCUCCUCUCUCUCUAGUAGGCCCCUCUCCUCUCUCUCUCGUUUAGGCCCUCUCUCCUCUCUCUCUAUAGCCUCUCUCCUCGUCUCCUCUAGUAGGCCCUCUCUCUCCUCUCUCUAGUAGGCCUUCCUCCUCCUCUCUAGUAGGCCUCUCCUCUCUCUCUCUCUCUAGUAGGCCCUCUCUCCUCUCUAGUAGGCCCUCUCUCUCUCUAGUAGGCCCUCUCUCCUCUCUCUCUUGUAUGCCCUCUCUCCUCUCUCUCUCUCUCUUAUUAGGCCCUCUCUCUCUCUCUAGUAGGCCCUCUCUCUCUCUAGUAGGCCCUCUCUCCUCUCUCCUCCUCUCUCUAGUAGGCCCUCUCUCCCCCUCUCCCCUCUCUCUAGUAGGCCCUCUCCCUCUCUCUCUCUCUCUAGUAGGCCUCUUCUCCCCCUCUCCCCUCUUUCUAGUAGGCCCUCUUUCCACUCCCCAUCUCUCCCUGUCUGUCUGUCUGUCUGUCUCUGUCUUUUUGUGCAUCUCUCUCUCACAGUAAAGAUCUGUGUUCUUUCUGUCUCUCUCCAUAGGUAAUGAGUUUGGCCACCCAGAGUGGCUGGACUUCCCCAGGAUAGGUAAUUGUGAGAGUUAUAAGUACGCCCGUCGUCAGUACAACCUGUUGGACCCUGACAACAACCUACGCUACACACAGCUGUACGCCUUUGACAGAGACAUGAACCUCACUGAGGACAAAUAUGGAUGGCUGGCCUCACAGAAGGUAGGAUAUACAGACCUUACUUUCAUUAAUUUUUAUAAAUGUGUAUAUUUUUUAACCCGUUUUUCUUCACAAUUUUGUGAUAUCCAAUUGGUAGUUACAGUCUUGUCCCAUCGCUGCAACUCCCGUACGGACUCGGCAGAGGCGAAGGUCGAGAGCCAUGUGUCCUCCGAAACACGACCCCUGCUCGCUUAACCUGGAAGCCAGCCGCACCAAUGUGUCGGAGGUACAACUGGCAACCGUGUCAGCCUGCAUGCGCCCGGCCCGCCACAAGGAGUCGCUAGAGGGCGAUGGGACAAGGACAUCCCGGCCCGGCCAAACCCUCCCCUAACCCGGACGACGCUGGACGAGUUGGGCGCCGCUUCAUGGGUCUCCCGGUCGCGGCCGGCUGUGACACAGUCCAGGAUCGAACCAGGGGUCUGUAGUGACGCCUCCAGCACUGCAGUACCUUAGACCGCUGGGCCAUUCAUUUUAACUUAAUAAUUUUGUAUGGCUUGUCUUGAUUAGGAGAUAAGACACUGCAAUCAGCAAAGUUCUUUAUUGGUCUUGUCUAUUUUAAAAUAUAAUUUAUCAUGAACAAAUGUGAGUAUGUCAAGUCAAGAGUAUUAUUACAUUAUACAUUACUCACUUCUCAAUGAACAAACUCCUGUCACAUACAAGGAGGCCCUCAUUUCACAUGCUCUUCCAUGCCCCUCCAGUUGAUAAAGUCUCUUGCUGCUCUGCGUUGAGAGAAAAGCUCUUCCAUGCCCCUCCAGUUGAUAAAGUCUCUUGCUGCUCUGCGUUGAGAGAAAAGCUCUUCCAUGCCCCUCCAGUUGAUAAAGUCUCUUGCUGCUCUGCGUUGAGAGAAAAGAAAAGGUCCUGUAUCUCAUCGUAUCUCAUCGUCCACCAGGAGGCAGGGGACAGGGCAGCUGGAGGAAGUCUUUAGGCUCAGUGAUGUCCAGACUGUAGACAGGCCUGAACCUUGAACUCUUGACUCCAGCAGCUUUUCCUCCAUCUUGUUUCAGAUGCCCCUCCAUGCCCACCAUGUUACCUGCAAGUUUCAACGUUUAUAUGCCAGGUGCAUAUACAACAGGUGUAAAACACUACUGUGACAUUCUUACCCUGAGAGCUCUUUCCCAACAAUGCAGUAGUAAUAAUAAUAAUAAUAAUAAUAAUAAUAAUAAUAUAGAUAAUAAUAUUUUUAUUUUUUACUAACAGAAGAACUAUGAUGAGAGUUAAAGAAACUGGAGUGGUUGUAUAUACAGGUCAGUGUCAGUACCUUAUUCAAUGUUCAGGGGUACUGGAGUGGUUGGAUAUACAGGUCAGUACCUUAUUCAAUGUGCAGGGGUACUGGAGUGGUUGUACAGUGAGGGGGAAAAAGUAUUUGAUCCCCUGCUGAUUUUGUAUGUUUUCCCAAUGACAAAGACAUGAUCAGUCUAUAAUUUUAAAUGGUAGGUUUAUUGAACAGUGAGAGACAGAAAAUCCAGAAAAACUCAUGUCAAAAAUGUUAUAAAUUGAUUUGCAUUUUAAUGAGGGAAAUAAGUAUUUGACCCCUCUGCAAAACAUGACUUAGUACUUGGUGGCAAAACUCUUGUUGGCAAUCACAGAGGUCAGACGUUUCUUGUAGUUGGCAACCAGGUUUGCACACAUCUCAGGAGGGAUUUUGUCCCACUCCUCUUUGCAGAUCUUCUCCAAGUCAUUAAGGUUUCGAGCCUGACGUUGGGCAACUCAAACCUUCAGCUCCCUCCACAGAUAUUCAGACCCUUUGCUGUGUUACUUGAAAUUGAGCUCAGGUGGAUGCUGUUUCCAUUGAUCAUCCUUAAGAUGUUUCUACAUCUUGAUUGGAGUCCACCUGUGGUAAAUUAAAUUGAUUGGACAUGAUUUGGAAAGGCACACACCUGUCUAUAUAAGGUCCCACAGUUGACAGUGCAUGUCAGAGCAAAAAACCAAGCCAUGAGGUCGAAGGAAUUGUCCGUAGAGCUCCGAGACAAGAUUGUGUCGAGGCACAGAUCUGGGGAAGGGUACCAAAACAUUUCUGCAGAAUUGAAGGUCCCCAAGAACACAGUGGCCUCCAUCAUUAUUAAAUGGAAGAAGUUUUGAACCACCAAGACUCUUCCUAGAGCUGGCUGCCCGGCCAAACUGAGCAAUCGGGGGAGAAGGGCCUUGGUCAGGGAGGUGACCAAGAACCCGAUUGUCACUCUGACAGCGCUCCAGAGUUCCUCUGUGGAGAUGGGAAAACCUUCCAGAAGGACAACCAUCUCUGCAGCACUCCACCAAUCAGGCCUUUAUGGUAGAGUGGCCAGACGGAAGCCACUCCUCAGUAAAAGGCACAUGACAGCCCGCUUGGAGUUUGCCAAAAGGCACCUAAAGGACUCUGACCAUGAGAAACAAGAUUCUCUGGUCUGAAUGCCAAGCGUCACAUCUUGAGGAAACCUUGCACCAUCUCUACGGUGAAGCAAGGUGGUGGCAGCAUCAUGCUGUGGGAUGUUUUUCAGCGGCAGGGCUAUGAGACUAAUCAGGAUUGAGGGAAAGAUGAACAGAGAAAAGUACAGGGAGAUCCUUGAUGAAAACCUGCUCCAGAGCACUCAGGACCUCAGACUGGGGCGAAUGUUCACCUUCCAACAGGACAACGACCCUAAGCACACAGCCAAGACAACGCAGGAGUGGCUUCGGGACAAGUCUCUGAAUGUCCUUGAGUGGCCCAGCCAGAGCCCGGACUUGAACCCAAUCGAACAUCUCUGGAGAGACAUGAAAAUAGCUGUGCAGCGACACUCCCCAUCCAACCUGACAGAGCUUGAGAGGAUCUGCAGAGAAAAAUGGGAGAAACACCCCAAAUGCAGGUGUGCCAAACCCAAGAAGACUCAAGGCUGUAAUCGCUGCCAAAGGUGCUUCAACAAAAUACUGAGUAAAGGGUCUGAGUACUUAUGUAAAUGUGAUGUUUUCGGUUUUUAUUUGUAAUAAAUGUUCCAACAUUUCUAAACUUGUUUUUGCUUUGUCAUUAUGGGGUAUUGUGUGUAGAUUGAGACCAUUAAAAAAUAUAUAUAUAUAUAUUUUAGAAUAAGGCUGUAACGUAACAAAGUGUGGAAAAAGUAAAGGAGUCUGAAUACUUUCCGAAUGCACUGUAUAUAUGGUGUGACGCUGGACAACACCCUGUCGUUCUCUGCAAACAUCACAGCAGUUCAUUCUCAUCAAAAAGGACCCAACCCUAAUCUAGCGCACUGGAUUCUAAUAAUUAGCAGGUUGAUAAGAUGAAUCAGGUAAGUAACACCUGGGGUUGGAGCGAAAACCUACAGGAGGGUAGCUCUCCAGGAACAGGGUUGGGCAACCCUGCUCUACAACAUCCGUAGAGUACGACCCUACCUCACACAGCCUUUCGUGAACUAACACUCGCUCUGGAUAAGAGCAUCUGCUAAAUGUAAAUUAUAUUGUUGUAUUAUUACAUUUCAUAUAUGACUAGUUGGACACUUUGCUAGUAAGACUGGACACCACUGGCCUAAAGGUUUUAGAAGAUUAACAGUCACUGGAGGACUGCUGGUAUCACAAUCACAAUGAUGUACUCUUCUCUUUCCUCUCAUCAAUCCAUCCAUCCAUCCUCCUCUCUUCCUCUCUCCUUCAGGUGUUGAUGACCACGGUGGAUGAGAAGGAUAAAGUGAUCGUGUUUGAAAGAGCCAACGUUAUGUUUGUGUUCAACUUCCACCCCAGUAACAGCUACAGCGACUACCGCAUAGCAGCCGGUCCGAACGGGAAGUAUCCUUUACUACUGGGGGACGCUGGGACGUCUUUCCUCCCUGCUCUGGGUUAUCCAGGAGUAGAGGAACACAGAGGAGCCCUUUAUUACAGGGAGACAAUAGUGCUCCCACACCAGCUAAUUGGUCCUGCCCUGGGGGAUAUGUUGCCCUGUCAGUGGGGAUAUGUUGCCCUGUCAGUGGGGAUAUGUUGCCCUGGCAGUGGGGAUAUGUUGCCCUGGCAGUGGGGAUAUGUUGCCCUGGCAGUGGGGAUAUGUUGCCCUGGCAGUGGGGAUAUGUUGCCCUGGCAGUGGGGAUAUGUUGCCCAUGUGUAG